GAAGAAGGGAGUUGAUUUGGGUUACAGCUCGGUAGAAGAACUUGCUGAUGCUUUGUCUAUUAAAACUCCAACAACAUUGGCUGAUUUUUUAAAGCCUUUUGAUAUCAUACUGCCUCUUAUAGCGGGAGAUGAAGAUGCAAUCGAAAGGAUGGCCUAUGAAUUUUGCCAAGACAGUGCGGAUCAAGGAGUACUGUAUAGCGAAGUUCGUUAUAGUCCACACCUGUGGAUGAACAGUCCAUCUUUGAAUGAUGGGCCCACACUUGACCCCGAACAGGUGGUUAGAGCAGUCAACAGAGGCCUAUCUAGGGGAUCCAACGACUUUAAAAUAAAAAUCAGAAGUAUUUUGGCCUGUUUUCGAGGGCGCCCAGAAUGGUCCGAGUCUGUACUGGAUUUGUGCUUGGAAUUCCAAUCAAGGGGUGUUGUCGGUAUUGAUAUCGUUGGCGACGAGGCCAGUUGCUUUGCCCAUCCGUCAGACAUAGAAGUUUUCAAAAGAGCAGCUGCAUCAGGGGUCCAUCGCACAGUUCACGCCGGAGAAGCCGGUCCAGCAGCAAACGUUCGCACUGCAUUGACUGAAAUGAAAGCAGAGAGAAUAGGUCAUGGAUAUCAUGUUGUAGAUGACGCCAUAAUCUUUGUAUCAUGCAUAGAAGACAAAGUGCACUUCGAGGUAUGCCCGUAUUCCAGCUGCUUAACGGGAUCAGUUACUGUCACUGGAGACGAACAUCCCAUUGUCAGGUUUGCAAAGCACAAGGCUAACUUCUCAGUAAGUCGUGAUGACCCUACAAUCAUUCAGAAAACCUUAGAUGAAGAAUAUUCUCUGCUAAAAACAUGGGGACUUGAAGACAAAGAUUUAAUAAGAGCGAACAUUAAUGCAGUCGAAAAUUGCUUUCUCCCUGAAGAUGAAAAAAGUCAACUACGAAACCAGUUGCUUGAAAUCUAUGGAAUAACUGAAAAUGAUUUAACUGCAAUGUGAUCAGUGGCUAGCAACUUCUUCAGCAUGACUGCAACAUCUGAAGAAAGAUGACUAACUUGUACAAUAACUGUAAAUUUUAACCAGUAUGGAAACAAAUGUAUCAUAAUUGCUGUGCUAUCAAAUGUGAUAUAAUAUGUAAAAAAAAUACUUGAAAUUAAAUCAAUUUGUUAAGGAGAUUAAAGAUAACAUAUCUAUACGUUAAAAAAAUAAUAAUACAGCCUCGAAUGUAA